CAAUUUUCUGCUCGCCGCUUCUGCAUUCGGAUAUAAGAGGUCACGUGUUGACGUCGAACACAAAUUUUGGCCACAGCUCAUCGCCCUCAUCGCGCGCGGAUUACUCACUUCCGGACGAAAUAGUCACAAAUAAAGGUAUCGGCUCUCCCCGCAUUCGACGAGCACACGUACACGGACCUACGCGCAUUAGGAGCUUGCUUUUGAUACAUGGAACUAUAUAGGUCUUAUUUGGUAGUGUUUAGUUGAGGUGAGCGCUGGUUCAUACUAUUUAUGUAUUAGGGGGUAGAGCUGAUUUCGGAAUUACUCCAGAGGAGAAUCAACAAGUAUGGCAGACAUAUUCACAUACAAGGAUGCGGCAGCAUCUCUGCUGUCGCCAUUCACGCUGCACCCGAAUCCGCCGACCUGCUACACGAACGGCUGCGGUAUCGCUCCCGAGACCGACUCGCACGGCGCGAUCGAGUACAAGCUGCACAUGGUGAACCCGUCGCCUUCGCGGCUGGCGCAGUUAACCACCCAGCUGCAGUGGCGACUCACGCAGGGCCAGGGCCAGGCGAUUUACGAGAUUGGUGUGUCGGACGACGGGACCCUUGUCGGGCUCUUGGAUCCGGAGAUUUACGCGUCGCUGCACACGCUCAAGCGGAUGGCGGGCGCGGUGGAGGCGUGGUUCAAGGUCGUGCGGGUGAUCCCGAUUCACGCGCGCGAGGCCGUCGACUCGCCUACUGCGCGGACGCGACGACGCGUUGUUGAGGUUCACGUGUUCAAGAUCGCACCGGAGAAGGACGUGGUCAGAGUGUUUUUCAUUGGCGGGUCAAAUACCGGCAAGUCGUCGCUGCUGGGCAAGAUAUGCUACGACACGCACGAUAACGGGCGCGGGAAGGCGCGGAUGAAGGUGCUCAAGCACAGGCAUGAGCUUGCGUCGGGAAAGACUUCGAGUAUCGGAAUCGACGUGUUUGGGUAUAACCCCGCGCCGAGGUUUGCCAAUCCGCGGCCGUCGGUCGGUAGUCUGGAUUCGGUCAGCAGCUGCGACAGCGUAUUCACCUCUGACGGCGAAGAAUAUAACGGAGAAGAUGAAGAGGAGGAGGGGGAUGCCUACUCUGGUGACGGCUGCAGAGACAUCGAUGCCGUUAGCAGGCAGCAGUGCGUCGUGAUUUCAAACUACGGCAACAAGUACACGCACGAGGAGAUUGUCGCGUCUUCUCAGCGAGUGGUGAUGACGUUCGACACUCCAGGGACGUGCGGGAAGCUGGGUCUUCUGUGCCGAAGUAUGGCUCUGUACUCGCCCGAGGUGACUGUUGUGACGGUCUCUGGCGGCGGCGGUAGUUCUCGAUGGGUGGAGUACCUCGAGCUGGCAUUGCGCACGACCGGUCGCGUGGCGGUCCUGCUCACUAAAUGCGACACUUUUAUCAACACCGAGCAGCUGAAGCUGACUUUGCACGAGAUCCUGCUGAAGAUUGCAGCGUUCAAGCGAAGCAGGUACGACGACGGCAACGUCGAGUGCGUGCCGGAGGAGGACGAAGACAGCGGUAAGAGGCUGUACGGAAAGAUGGUGAACUCUACAGACACGGCGAUAGAGUGCGCGUUGAAUGACUGCUGCGUGCCGGUGUUUUUAAUAUCUGCAGUGUCUGGCACGGGAGUAACAUUCCUGCACGAGUUUCUGAACGCUGUGAAAGUGCCAAGUCGGAUAAACCCAGCAGCAGCAGCAGACGGCGGCGGCACUCUACGUGAGGCGGAGGAGGACGUGUACGCUAGUACUCAGGAGGCGGAGAAGGAGCCAGACGCGAGCGUAUUUUUUGAGACAGCUGCGGCCGAGAUCGCCUACGAUCAUCUGCUGCACCACACAAGCAGCUGCAACUGCACGUCGAGCGUGGAAGCCGCCGCGCGGGCGUCGUCUGCGGCGGCGGCGCCUGCGACCGUGAAUGGUGGUCUGAAUGGGGCCGAGGAGGACGAGAAGUUGAAUUUUUUCGUGACGUCGGUGUAUGACAGCGGCCGCAUUCUUACGGGCGUGGUGAGAAGCGGAACGCUGAAGCUCGGGAGGACAUACUAUCUUGGGGUCGCGAGCUCGUCGUUGGGCGGCGGAGUUGUGUCAUCGUCGGAUGAGUCUGAGGGCAGCAGCGGCGGCAGCGCGAGCGGGCGGAGCGGUGGCCGGCGGCUGGUACGGAUUAUAGUACGAAGUAUGCAGAAAUUGCGGGUACCGUGUUUGCAACUACGAGAAGGGGAGAUAGGGAGUAUAGGGAUUGAGAUUGUGGGAGCGUCGUCUAUGGCGACGACGGCGCUGCUGGAGUGUGGGUUCCGGGUGCGGAAGCACAUGUCUGUUGUAUCCGCACAAGCAGCUGCGGCGGGGGCGGCGAUGAACGGGAUUGAGCUGGAGCUGAGCGGACAGCAGGAGCGGGCGAGCAGGCUGAAGGCCGGGGACACGGUAGUGAUCUACAACGGAUUUGAGCGGACGGGGGAGGUAGUUGUGGCUGGAGGCGAGGAAGGAGAGGAAGAAGACGGAAGACGAGGCCGAGGGGGGGUUGUUGUCCGUCUGUACGGGUCGCGGGGGGAGUAUGUGUCCGAGGGCCAGCGGGUGAUUGUGGAUGUAUUUGGCGAGAAGGUGAUGGGGCGGGUUGUGCGGGGCGUUAGAACGUGAGGACGGCAUGUCAAAAUGUGGGUUUUUAUAAGGGCGUUUUUGAUUGCUCGCUUGUCUGGAUUGAGGUAGUUUUCCGCAAAAGAAGAGUAAAAACUAUUGAUGGUUUUGGUAGAUUGCAGGCGGGAUAGGGAAUAGUACGGCUGUUUAACUCCAGGAGGAGGAGGAAGAAGCCACGGGAGCCGAGGA